GGCGUCGUGCAGUGCGGUGCGUCGAGGAUAUUUUCCCCGCAGAAAUCCUAAAUUCCCCCGUCCCCUCUCGGCGUCGACUCCUCGUGAGUGACUUCGCCCGCCGCCGCCUGCGCCACCGCCGAUCCCCAUCCGUCCCGCCACCGCGAGCGGGCGAGCAGCGGCGCCGUCGUCCGUCCGCCCUGCUGCUUCCGCCGCAUCGCAUCCCGGUACUGUUUUACCAAGGAAAUAUGGACAGAUUUGUAUAACAUUGCCUAAGCUUUGAAUCUACUUUGAAACCAUGGCCCGAAAAGGAAGUCAAAGUAAAAGUGUUCUGAAUCAUGCUUCACCUAACCGACAAAAUGCAGCUAAUUGUGAGGUACUAAAUACACCAGAAAGUGAUGUGAUGGAUGGUGAAAAUCGAAGUUCACAUGUUCAAGGUGGUUCAAAUGUUUCUGGAGUAAACUAUGGCCAGAAAACAAAAGGUAUCAAGAAGAAUAACAGAAGCAAUGGCAUUUCAUCCUCUGGCAAAUCAGAUGACAGAGCCUCAAAAAAGCAGUCAGUGGACACCAAUUAUGAUAUAGGUAAUUCAGGAGAAAAUGACAAUGAGUUAUCAUCCAGCACUUCCAAAGCAAGAAGAGAUAGCAAGAGAUCAUCACGGCGUGGAUGUGGUAAAAACUCAUCGAUAGAACAAACCCCAAUGCCAGUUUUUGCAGAAAAAGUUUUGGAGAAGACCAGGUGCAUAGCUUGCAUGGCUGCAUCCAUUUUUAGGGCUUCCGUGAUGUAUAUAAUAGAAGAAAGCAAAUUGCUACUUGAGAGAAAUAGGCCAGCAAUCACAACUUUCAUGGCUAUUGUGCACAAGGGGCAUGACUAUGUCCGCAGCAAAAUUAAGUAUACUUAUCCUAUUUGUCGGGCAUGGAUGUUUAGUGCUGGAAAGUUGAUAUUGCUCUUGUUGGCAGUUUGGUUCAACUGCAACAUAAGGGGCUUCGAUUCUUUGCUACGCCUAGGGACAAACUCACUCCUUACAGUACUUUGGUGCAGUACACUAUCAGUUUUUGCAAUGAUUGGACUAAAGAAAAUGCUAAUAUUAAUGGUAAUUGCUGCUGCUGUAGUUGCCUUUGUUGGUCUUGGUUUUGCUGUUCUGGUUAUCGCAGUGGCUGCAGUGGUGAUUUUGUGGCUGUAUGGAAGCUUUUGGACAACAAGCGGCAUCAUAAUUCUCGGAGGUGCUUCCUUUUUCCUGAAGCAUGAACGUUUUGCAUUGCUUGUCACCUGCCUAUAUUCAAUGUAUUGUGCAAAAAACUAUGUUGGAUGGCUUGGGUUACUUUUGAGCCUGAACUUAUCUUUCAUUUCAAGUGAUGUUCUUGUGCAACUCCUAAAGAACAAUGUAGACAAUAACAAAUCUGCUGGCUCUUCAAGGAACUCUGAGCAAAAUUCAGGCAAAUCAGGCUUCUUUGGAGAAUUUCGACAAUCAUCAGCAGAUAAUACCUCACAGUCCGAGUAUGCUCAACCAUCAGAUCGGGGCCCUGGCGAUCCUUCAACUAGUGGAGCUGAGAAAGAGUUGACCUCUGAAGAUGAAGUGUCUCGUUUACUGAACUGCACUGAUCACUAUUCAGCAUUAGGCUUCCAUCGUUAUGAAAAUAUAGAUGUAUCAUUACUCAAGAGAGAAUACAAGAAAAAGGCUAUGUUAGUCCACCCUGAUAAGAACAUGGGCAAUGAUAAAGCUGCUGAUGCAUUUAAAAAACUUCAAAAUGCAUACGAGGUUCUUCUUGAUUCUUUGAAACGGAAGACAUAUGAUGAUGAGCUAAGGAGGGAGGAGCUUUUGAACUACUUCAGACGGUUUCAGAGUGCUUCUCAAAAGAAAGGAGGAAGUGGUAUUUUUCGACAAGGGUUUAGCCCUUCUGAAGGUGUUGAUGAAGGACCUUAUGGUUUAUCAAGAAGAAUAGCCUGCAAGAAAUGUGGUGACUUCCACCUGUGGAUUUAUACAGGAAGAGCUAAAUCGCAAGCUAGAUGGUGUCAGGACUGCAAUGAUUUUCACCAAGCUAAAGAUGGGGAUGGAUGGGUUGAGCAGUCUUUUCAACCAGUUCUAUUUGGGUUGCUGCACAAGCCUGAAUUGCCUCAUGCAUAUGUUUGUGCUGAAAGCAUCAUUUUCGAUGUCACCGAGUGGUUCACCUGUCAGGGAAUGAGAUGCCCCGCGAACACUCACAAGCCGAGCUUCCAUGUCAAUGCCAGCUUGUUAAAGCAGAAUAGUGGCAAGGGGAGCACCUCGGCGCAGAGGGGUGGAGGGAUCCCUAAUGGUGUAAACAUGGAUGGCGGAAUCGAUGAAGAGGAGUUCUUCGAGUGGUUGCAGAAUGCACUGCAGUCUGGCAUGUUUGAAUCGUUUGGCGCGCAAAACGAGCCCCCUUCCCCUGGAAGUGGAAGCAAUGCCAAGGGUAGUAAUAGCAGUAGUAAGAAAAAGAAGAAGGGCAAGAAGCAAUGGUAACUGAAGAAGGUCCGAUAAUGGCGAUUCUUCUUUGUGAGCAGAAAGAAGUAAAACAUAUGGUGUUUGUUCGGUAUAGUUAUGCAGGAAAACACCCCAAUAAUAGGGGUCCUAGAUGCUCAACCAUCCUGACUCGCUUUAAGGCGAUGCCAUUCAAAAUCAUGAUUCAUCUUGCUGUGAUUUUUCAUAUGGAGAAUUAGAAAUCAGAAGAGAAGAAAGGGCCAUGUAUGUGGCAAAGAUUGUUGGAAUGUAAAGCGCAAAAUAUGUUGAGCCUACAUGAUUGAAUUGUUUGGACAGGUAGCGCAAGCUACAAUUUCCAUACACUUGUCAUCAGAUAUAUUACAUUGUUGCUGAUGUCUCGUUGAUACAUAGAAAUCUUUCUGCCCUUGCUUUA